AUGAGGCAGCUCAAGUCCGCUUCGUCCUCGUCGCAGCAUGAUGAUCCUGCAACCUCCGACGACGAGGGGCCGGUCUUGUUUCCCUCCCUAACGGGGACGCUCCCGCCAUCCCAUCUCAGCGGCGGGAGCUCCGGUCGGGCUUCGCCGCUGCCGGUGGCUGGGUUGGCCGGCGGAGAUGAGGAGGUCUCGUUUCCCGCCAAGCCACGGGGGGAGGUGCCGCCCUCCGGUCCUAGCAAGCCGCCGCCGGCAGUUGGGUUGGCCGACGACGACGAGGGGGUCUCGUUUCCCGCCAAGCCGCGGGGGAAAGUACCACCCUCCGGUCCUAGCAAGCCACCGCCAUCGUCGUACCAUUUGUUCUAG